CAGUGCUGAACGUCCUAGCUGGCUAGUAAUAUAAAACCGAAAACCGAAAUCGAGGAAUAUAAUUACCGGUCAACAAAAACGAACGGUAACUCCAGGGUUAAUCGGUUUUUUCCUCGGUAUAUUCACGGUAUAUUUUGAAUAUGAGAAGGUAUAUUUUAUUCAUAAAUCGGCGGUCACACUGGUUGGCUCGAACUUUCGUAAAAAAACUGUUGAAAAUAUUUAAUAAAAAGUUCUGUGGCAAUUAACAAGCUAUACUUGAUUGUGCGGCUAUUAGUGCGAAUUAACCGUGUGCAAUAUGUAUUUUUUGGCAUUGCUUGCGUUCAUUGGAAAUGCCAAAGAUGGUAACGCGGUGAGCUCUAGUCUCAUACCCGGCGGACACUGCCGUGACUACAAUGGCAAGCUAUACGAGACGGGCAUGCACUAUAUGCCCGGGCCGGACUCCUGCCGGCUGUGCAUCUGCGACAGCGGACUGCCCAAGGCCUGCAAGAUGGUGCUGUGCGAGGCGUUCAGCAAGUGCAAGUCCUUCCAGACGGUGGGCAGCGGCAACAACUGCUGCGAGGUGAUCUGCCUGGAUGAUCAGUUCAGCGAUGGAAGCACGGACUUUGGCAUUUGACUGGUGGCCAGUGGCAUCACGGCCACGCUCUCCCUGUCCUUGCUCUUCUUCCUGGUCAAUCGACUGAGGCAGCGCAAGAUGCGGGCCCGAGAGAAUCGCCAGAAUGCCGAGGAUCAACGCAGUAUUGUGGGUAGCAUUGGAUACAUUGCUGGCAAUAUGGGCUACAUGGAGGGGAAUCUGAGUGCCAUCGAUUACUCAUACGGUGGAGCAGCCACCCACUAUCCCCUGUGGAAGCCGCACUUUCCUCGCGGCGAGGCACCGCCACCGUAUGAGGAGGCAGUGGCCAUUUCCCAGGCAGAGGCACUGAGUGCCCAGUGUGUGGUCAGUCUGCCCGCGAGCUCUCAGCGUGCCGUCGCGAGCGUCAGCCAGCAGCAACAGCUACAACAACAGCAGCAGCAGGCGCUCCAAGCGCACCAGGCCCAUCUCCAGCAGCAUACCCUACAACUACACACUCAGCCGCAGCAGCAUCAUGCGCCGCAGUAUACCCAACAGUUGGUGCCACAUCCGCAGCAUGCACAUCAGAUGGCUGCCGCCGCAGCUGCUGCUGCAGCAGCCGGUGGUGGCUCAGUUCUGCCGCAGUCGAACCAGUACACGCAGAGCACCACGAAUCUGAUCAACAUCAAUAUCAAUAGUGGGGGCGUGACCACCAUAGCCACGGGCGAGAAUCACCAGCCGCCGUACAGCCUUCAGAGCGAGCAGCAGCACAGUCUCGAACAGCAACAGCAGCAGCAGCAGCAGCAACAACAAUUGGCCCAGGCACAGGUCAGCAAUGGUUCCAUUUGCCUACAGACAAUGCCCAAGCCCAGUGGGGGUGGGAGCAGCGAGUGCAGCUACAAAAACUGUCAUUUGAACAUUAGCGCCAGCGUGACAACAGCGGCUGCCACCAGUAGCUCUGCCUCCUACACGGCGUCCCGCCGGACAACGCCACGCGGAUCCCAGGAGCUGCUCCAUCAGUUGCCGCAACAGCAACAAAUGCAACAGCAGCAGUAUCUUACGGUGGCCGAUGUAGAGAUCAAUGCCAGUGCCAGUGCUGCCAGCUAUCACUCCCUGCCAGCCAGCAGCGAACUCUUGGCCACGCCCACGCAUGCCCAAGUGCUGCAGCAUCAGCAACAACAGCAGCAGCAGCAGCACCAUCAACAGAUGCUGGCAGCUGCCAUGUCCGCCCCGGCAAUGGAAAUAUUGCAGCCUUUAGAAAUAGCAACCAUCUCAGCGGCGCCUGCCUGCAGCACAGCGGAUCAGGCCACACAGCUGCCGUUGCAUGCAACGCUCAAGGCCCAGCAGCAACAACAACAACCGCAGCAGCUCAGUCUGGUGUCCGCAUCAAGCAAUAAGACACCCUCGAGCUCUCGUCGCUAUCAUCGCACUAUUCCCCGAUACUUUGCCGUGGCCGAUCCGCUGCAGGUGAAUGUCAGCAGCAAGCCCAAGAGCAGCAGCAGCAGCAACAGCAACAGUAGUGAGGUGGGAGCCACCAAGGCAAGCAAGAAGCCGAUGUGCCAGUGCCCCAUCCAGCAUGUGCCAAUGUCCUACAUGGGCAGCACGGCCAAUGCCAAUGCCUUUCUCAGUGGCGCCGGCAAGCUGUUCAGCAACUCGAGCAGCAAUUCCAGCCCCACAUGCUCUCUUUCGCCCGGAGCUGCUGUGGGUGGCGGCGGCGGCAGUGCCCGGCAUGCUGCCACUCUGGCAUACGGCCAGCGUGCCAAGUCCUCGACUAAUCUGCAGCAACAUGCACAGGAUCUCAUAACGGCUGCAGGCGGUGGCACCCUUAAGCGCGGCGGCGGGUCAGCAUGCGGGCAUGAGCCAAAGAUUGCCACCAUCUCAAAGCAGGUGGGCGAUGAGACGCAGACGCAUCAUCAUCCACAUGUCGGCGGCAGUUCGGGUGGGUCCAGUGGCGGUGUGAAUGUCUCGGCCAUAAUUCCACCGCCACCGUUGCAGCAUGCCGAAGAUGUGUCCGCCCCGCCCAUCGUUUUGGGCCGUGUCCAGAAGCGUUCCUCAUCGUCCAGCAAUUCGGGGGAAAUGCGUGGGCGCAGCACAAAUGGCAGCGGCAGUGCAGCCGGCCGUAGUGCAUCCAGCAGCAGCAGCGGCGUAGGUGGCGCUGCCGAUGUGCUCUCCAGCGCCUACUUGAAUCGAAAGGUUGAUGCCUACUUGAGUUUGACACAGAAACAGCAGCAACAUUUCUUUAACCAACAACAACAGCAGAAGCAACAGCAGCAGCGACAGCAACAACAUCACGAUCAAAGCAAUCCCACUUUACCACCGAAACUCUACAAAAGCCUAACGAAUUUAAAAAGCUCAACAGUCGCCAAAACAGCGUCGGGGGGGGCCCCUACAUCCUCCUCCUCCUCCUCCACCACGUGCAACAACAACAGCGUGGCCACCAUUUAUACGCUGAGCAAGUCAGCCGCCAGCUCGAGUGUUCUGAGGAAAGAGCAAACCACACCCACACUGACACUGCCGCCGGCAAGUCCCGGCACCGGAGAGAAGCUGCUGCUGGCCAGCGGCAAGAUCAAUUCGAGCACAUUCUAUCCACUGGCGAAUCAUGUGACCUACACCCUGCCAAAGCACAUCAGCGGCAAGGUGUCGCUAAACAGCACCAUCAACAGCGUGGUCAGCAAGGUGCCAUCGGUGAUCAGCAUACCGCCCGUGGAGAACAACAAUGCUACUGGAACGACUGCUGCUGCUGCAUCCAAAAGCACAACACUGCCAAAGAUAUUGCGUGUAAAGCGCGACACGGGAACUGGAAUGGGCACGGGCACGGGCACGGGCACGAGUCUGGCCAUAGCCCAUUGCCAGAUGCCAAAUUAUCCGCUGACGGCGCCAAAAAGCAACGCCAGCGGCGGACGAUCGGCAUCGACAACACCGAGCAAGCAAUUGCCCGUUUGCACCACCUCGAAUAACUGUUUAAAUCCCAAGGAGCACUUCUUGCCCAACGACACCAGCCUAGACGAUGACUAUCUGAGCGAGUGCGAGAACUGCAAGAUAGCGCAGAGUGCCAAAUACUAUCUGGAUGCGGAAAUGAGUGGCGGCGGCUCCUCAGCCUCCCCGCAAGAGACCAUGACGCUGCAGCGUAAAUCGCUUGAGGAGACCAAAGAGGAGCCGCACGACAGUUACUAUCGGAGUUCGCAUACGCUGCCCAGCAAUGCCAAGAAGCAUGGAUCUGUUAGCAAAAAUAACAAUCGAGAGCCGUGGCAAUUCUCAACGAUUCCCGCUGCCAGCUCAUCGGACGAGGAUGUUAACGAAUGAGAUUUAAGCCAUUUUCUUUAAGAUGCCCCCUGGGCCCGAAGUGUGUGCAUCCUAAAGAAAAUGUAGGCUACAGAAAAUAGUACCAUACCCCCAAAGAGUAAAGCUAAAGCUAAAGAGUUAGAUAUCAACGUAUUUGUUGCUGCAAAAAUUAAAAGAGAUCCCUGUAUAUAGGCAUACGAAAAUGUACUUUAAAUCUAAUGCUCACGAAAUGUAAUGUAAUGUAUAUCUAUCGAAUAGUUAUGGCAUUGAAUAUGUAGAUUCACUGACUGUUUAGAUAUGCGUACAUUUAAGAUACUCUAACCAACCAAUCAGCGGCAUGUAAAUUUGCGUGUUUGUUAUGCACCCCAACACACACCUCCUGUAUAUCUCUGUAUGUAUGUAAUUGAAGACAAAACUGUAUGUAUAUGAAUACCAUUAGGAAGGGAAAUCAAUUAUAAUCAAUGGAUACACACAUUAUGGAUUAAUGGAUUAGAGAAACUGUUGAAUACUUGGCGUAAAUGCAUUUGAAUAUAUUUAUGAUGUAAGGAUGAGAAGAUGUCAAACAUAACUGCCAUCUGCCGACCGUUAACUGUCAAUAAUUAUUAUAUAUAUGUAUUUGUAUAUGUAAUAUCUAUUCUAUAUACAUAAUGUAUCGUAACUUUUUUAUAACUAUGGAAUCUGACCAACAUUGAAGGUAUUUACCCCGCGCCCUGAUUGCUGCACACCACCACCCCCGAAAAGAACUCUAGGAUAAGCUUUAACUUAAACUUAUACAAACAAAAGGAAUAAUAGGGCUACGAAUUUUUGCAAUCACAUUCCAAUAAGCCUAAGCCCCUACAGUUCUUCCUCACACGCCGCACACUCCAUCGUAUUUCUAUAAUUGUUCGUUUUUCUUUUCGCAUACAAUACAAUGUAACCCCCAAAUGAAUGUAAUAUAUAUAACAUUAACAUAAUUCAGUGUAUAGAUAAGUAAGUGGAAAAAAAAUGAUAAAAGUCGUGUUUUAGACAUUAGACGGUUUCUUUAACGAUAACGAAGGACUUCUUGGCUACAGAAUCAUUUAAUUUUAAAUUCUUCUUUAUUCAUUCAGCAGGCGGCGGAGCCCGUAACUACCCCAAGGCAGUAAGUCUGUCGUCUAAUGCUAGCGAUAUAUGUAGUCACCAAAAAAUAUAUGAUAGAUAGUAGAGCCACACGUCCCCCAAGAAGCAGUGAGAGGCAGCGAGAGGCGGCACGGCACUAGGUUGCUCAGAUAAUAAAAAAAAAAAACGAUACAUUGUUUGAUUUAAUCAAUUUGCAAAAAAACAAAAACAAAAAUAGUAAUUAUACUCAAACAACGGAGAGAUACUAAGCCAGGAGUGUUAGUUAUGCCAGCAAUUAGUGGAAAGCUUAAAAUAGAUGGAAAGCCAAAGAAUAGAGAGAAAAUAUAUGUAUAUUGAAUAGGUUCUUAAUUUUCUUUGUUUUAUAUACAUAUAGUUUGUUUGUUUAAUAAUUUAAUUAUGUUGAUCUUUGGACAAGCAAACACAUGAGAAUGUGAUUUUUGUUCCGACUUUUUGGUUGUAAAUGCGAUCUGGGAUCCGACGGGGGGACUUUUGGUCUGACGAAAACUGAAUUGUGUUCAAUGGAUGCUCAAAAUAUAUAUAUAUCUAUAAGAAUGUACAAUUUGUUGUUUAGUUUCGGAUAUAUACUUAAUGACAAAAAGAAAAUAGCUCUGUUAUGAAAUGCUCAAAGCGUGUACUGACCACAACGCAAUCGUGUGUCCCCCAUUCUCCCAACCGUGUUUGGGCGGGGCUUUAGUUUAACAAAAAAAUGAAAUUAUAAGUAUUACCAGAAAUUACUCAAUAGUAUUACAAAAAUAAUCAAUGGAAUCAAACGUUUUUCAUAAUAAAACUUAUUAGUGACGAGUCAUUUAUCAAAAUUUAGUUUAAAAAAAAACUAUUCAAUGAACAACAACAAAAGAACAUAUGUACAUCACGGCUAAGUACGAAUUUUUAUUCAUUAAGCUAUAUUUACUAAUUGAUGAAAAAUCUCAAGAAACAAAACAAAUAUUAAACUAAAAAAUAAAAUAAAAAAAAAU